AUGCCGAACGAACUUAUGGCACAGGUAAAAGCAAAGUAUCACAAUUUUAUUGAUACAGUGAAAUACAUCUUCGGGAAAGAUGGUCUAUCAGCGCGUCAUCGAAAAAUCGGGAUCAACGGUGUCUCUUCGAUAAUCUUCAGUAUUGUUUUUCUGACUGUUAUUUUUCCUAUAAUUCUUGAAUCGCUCAUUCAGAAGCACUCUGCUCUAAAAAAAGGUUGGUUUAUGAGAAAAAUGUGGAGGAAAUCAACAUACGAGUUUCAUGUUUAUUUAUUCAAUGUGACAAAUCCAGAAGAAAUUGCUAAAGGUGACAAGCCAACAUUAAAAGAAGUUGGACCAUAUGUUUAUGACGUAUGGCAAGAAAAAACGAACAUAGAAGAUCACGAAACUGAUGAUACGCUGACCUACUCGGUGAAAAAUACAUUCUUCUUUAAUGAUGAAAAGAGUAGAUGUCUUUCUGAUGAUGACGAAUUGACUUUAGGUCAUUUUGUUUCGCUAGGUAUACCAAACUAUUUUUUAAUAACCAAACCUCAUCUAAUCCCAGUUACAACAAAAGUAGUAGAUGGAAUCGUAAAUAAUCCGCAGAGUGUAUUCGUGAGAGCCAAAGUCAAGGAUUAUUUGUUCGAUGGUUUCGCGGUCGAUUGCAGCGGAAUUGACGAUUUUUUGGCAAAAUCAGCCUGCAAUGAUAUAAAGGAAAAUUAUGUCAAAUAUCAAACAAUCAAAGCAUCAGAUGAUGUAUAUAAGUACUCUAUGUGGGGUUAUUUGAAUUUAACAGAUACUUACAGUGGAAAAACACGCAUACGACGAGGAAUUAGGAACAUAAUGGAAGUCGGCGACCUCAUAGAGUUUAAUGACAUGAAGAAUAUGUCUGUUUGGGAUGAUGAUAAAUGUGAUGCAUUUAUCGGCACUGAUGGGACACUAUUUCAUCCGUUCAUUAAUAAAAGGAAAAAUAUAUACGUAACUAAUACAUUCUUCUGUCGAAGACUUACUUACAGCUACGAUUCUGAAGUCCAAUUCGCCGGUCUAAAAUUAUUUCGAUAUACAACUAGUCUGGGAACUAACUCGCAGACGAAUCCUGAAGAUAAAUGUUUUUGCUUAGCGCCCGAUCGUUGUCAUAAAAAUGGUGUAUUCGAAGUAUGGAAAUGCCUCUCAAAUGCUUACGUAGCUUCUAAUCCUCAUUUCUAUGCUGCUGAUCCAUAUUUCAUUAAUUCUGUUAAGGGCCUUAAACCAGUAAAGGAGAAACAUUUGACAACUAUUGACUUUGAUCCACUAACUGGUUGGCCAAUACGUACGCAGUUUCGAAUGCAAUACAAUUUUGCAUUAACAAAACUGUCAAAGUACAGACUAAUGGCAAAUUUCCCUGAAGCGAUGUUACCGGUCGGAUGGAUUGAUCAAGUAACCAUUCUACCGAGUGACUUUGUAAAGAAAAUAAAAUAUUUACACGUGAUAAUCAAGCUUUCAAGAAUAUUCAGUGGUCUGAUAAUAUUGGUAGGAUUUAUACUUUGCUGUUAUACAGUGUUUCAUGAAUAUAGAUUAUACAAAAUAAGAAAAGCACAAAGAGCCAAUAUGAGAAAAAUCAUAUCAAAAUGGAGAACAUUAGCAGCAAAGCAAGACAAAAAGACGAUGGGUAUUUCACUGAGAACAAUUAAGACACUAAAAAUAAUGCAGCAAGCCCAAGUUCCAGCACGCAUAAGUUAA